AUGCUGAUGGAGCAACUGAGCAGCGCGGCAUUCAGCAGCGUCCUGGAGGUGACGCACCUGGACGAGUGCGUGGCCUACUUCGACGACAUCUUUCCAAAGGACUGCACCCCAGACAAGCUGGCCACUGCCGACGUGAAGGCCUGCUGCAGGGCGGGGAGAUACUUUGUGGAUGACGGGAGCUGCCUCUGCGAGCUGCAGGUUGGGUCCCAGUGGAUGCAAAGUGUCCCUGCCCUUUGGAUAGGUGCCAAAGAAGUGCGGUUCAUCGCUAUCGCUCGCGGCAUGUUGGCGGAAGGCUCUGAAGGCCUCGUCACGAUGGCGGGAUUCUGUGGCAUCGCGUUCCCCAUCCCCGAUGAUCCUGUGCACUUCAUUGAGGACCCAAGCAGCGUGGCCGAGUGCCAGCCCUUCCAGGCCGACAACAUCAACGGCAAGCUGGCGCCCGAGUUCCUAGGGCUGUCGGAGCAGGAGCUCGAGCAAACCUCCCCAGAGGACCUGCCCACGUUCGGCGACCUGUAUGAGGCGCCCAGGCCCGGGCCUUUCUAUGUCAACUACGGAAUAAUCGACGUCCCCCGGCCCAAGCCGUCCAUUUUAAUUAACGACAAGUCCAACGAGAUGGACUUCAAGGCGCUGGUGGUGUACCCGGUGGACACAGAUCCGCUGACCGCAACCUCGCAGGGGUUUGAGAGGCAGGAGGACCAGCCUCUGUCCUCCCGGGGCCCCUUCCCCGUGCUGGCGUUCUCCCCGGGGUUCGAGGUGUCCCCAAAUCAACACUUCAGGACGUUCCACCACUUAGCAUCACACGGGAUUAUUGUAAUCUCUCAAUACUCCACCGAGGGCAUAGUGACGGACUUCUCAAGGGAGACGUCCCUGGCUUGGAUGGACGACAUUGUGUACAGCCUCAAGCACAUGGUGCAGCUGGGGUCUGAGUCUGGGUCCUGGGCAGAAGGCGGGGUGGAUGUUGAGAGGCUGGCUGUGGGCGGGCACUCCAUGGGAGGCGGCCUGAGCAUGCUGGCCACCGUCAUGGCCAAGGAAGAGUAUGACUUGGGUGUAAAAGUGUCCAUGCACGUCGCCCCGGCCUGCAGGUUCAGGGGGCGGGAGUGCGAGUUUGCAACGGAGGGCGCAUCGCGGCUGCAGGGCGUGGACGUGCUGUUCAUAGGGGGCGACAUGGACAACGUGGAGAAGCUGUCGUACGCGCAGUUCUUUCAGUCGCAGCUUCCACAGGGGACAGAGUCGGAGCUCGUGGUGCUGGAGGGUGCGACGCACUGCCUGUGGGAGGACGACCCCGUGAGGUGGAAGAGCGUGCUGGAGUGCGGCAAGGGGACCAAGUCGCCCUUUGAAGCGAUCAGGGAGAUGCAGGACGCCAUGCUGGAGUUCCUCGGGGCCAAGGGGUUCGUCGGAGGCGCCCAGGAGGAGCGACGCGGGGCGGAGCAAG